UCUUUCAGUCGACGCGCUUAAUAUUUAAUAUACAACUGGAGGAGUAGCCUGAGAAGGUCUUGGAGAGAAGUUGUCGAGGCUGCACAGCUGAAGCGCAACACCAACAGUGGCCUCGACAGCUCGGGGCCUCGACGCUUUGUCCCUUACGCCGACGGCAUAUUACCUCGCUUUUAGGUGACAACUUGAGCUUGGAGCAGUCGCUGCUAGCAAGCAAGAUGUCCGUGGAUCUGCACAGCCUUCCUCAGCUACCAGGGCUAGCGCAUCGGCCAAAUUUUCCGCGUGACUUGCGUGUCUUGUUAGUCGAUGCCGACUACAAGGCUAGACAGGAGGCCGAAGCGCAGCUCCGCGAAUACCAUUAUACUGUCACACACUGCAGCAGCAGUGUAGAAGCGGCAGCCCAUCUGGCAAAUGGGGAAAGCAGUUGCGAUGUGGUCCUCGCGGAUGUGCGCUGCUUGCAACAAAAGUCUGCCGAGCACGCCGCAGUUGUGCAAGCCGCGAAAACUAUACCACUAAUUCUGAUGUCGGAGAGCGGCACGCCAAACGAGGUCAUGCUGGGGAUAAAGCUAGGAGCGGUUGACUUUCUGGAGAAGCCUUUGUCGCCUCUUAAACUCAAAAAUAUUUGGCAGCACUUCGUCCGACGCCUCCUGUCGGCCAACGCCUGUGGUCCUUCACACCACAAAAAAUGCAUCGCGGCUUCGGCAACUGCGUCUCCGGAGAUCUCUGGCUCCCACGGCGGGGGCUGUGGCUCCCAUUCCCACGGCUACGGAGGUGAAUCGGGCAGCAAUGCCAGCACCAGCGAGCAGCUGCCGGUCAAACUGGACUUUGAUGCCGACAUCGAGACCUCCUCCUUCCAAGAAGCCAUGGGCUGCAUGGACGCCUUGACGAUGCAAGUCGCGAACCACACCAGCACCGGCACCAUGGAUGCGGAUUGUGCCCUCCUCGGCUGCACUGCUGCGGCUCCCGCCUGCAUCAGCCCAGCCAUGCAACUCGACACCCCCUGCUGCAAACCGCGCCCCCAACCGCUCAAGUACAAGGUCGGCCGCGGCUCCGCUCCCGGAAUCAUGAACGGCAGCGGCGGCAGCAGCUCCGGCAGUGGCAGCGGCAGCGGCAGCGGCGGCCUCUACCCCAAGCCCUGCAUCGGCUAUCCCGCCGGACGGCUGCCUCCUCUUCCCGCCGGCGUGCCCGGUAUCGAAUGGGGUCUACCCACCAACCCGCUCCAAAUCUCCCCUAAGGCCCCGCCCAUGCCGCCCAUGCUGCCCCCCAUGUGCUGCCCCUGCCCCUGCCCCUGGCCCGGCGGCUCCCUCAUGCUGAGCUCCCCGCCGCCUCUGUUCCCGCUCAUGUUGGGCUCGCCCUCGCCCUCCGUCGCCUCCGGCUGCUGCAGCGCCCUGCCGCUCAGCAGCAGCUGCCUCACGCUGUCCUCAAUCGCCGACACCGUCGUCGCCACCGCGCCGCUGCCGCCGCCCAUGCGCCGUUCCGACAGCGACCCGCUGCCUGCCGCCUCGGGCUGCUUCUCCUCCGGCAGCGCCGCAACCGCAACCGCGACCGCCGCGCUGGGCGGCAAUGUGGGCGCAGCGGGCGGCAUGACCCCUCCUACCGCGCUGUCCGCUGAGGGCAUGGCAUUCAUGCAGCCCUGCAGCGUGCGGGGUUUGGCUGCUGCUGAUGCUGGAGAUGCUGAUCCGGCCUGCGGUAGCGGAACCGUGUCCGGGGACAUGUGGGCCUGCGGGGUGGACCCGGAUAGCUCGCCCUUCCAGCCGCCGGUGGGCCUGCCACCCAUCGGUCUGCAGCUGAAGAAGAGCCCCAGCCUGGCGGACCUGAUAUCCGAGUCGCUGAGGCAGGGAGUCGACUUGUCGGUGUUCUAGAGUCGGAGCUGCAGGGUUCGAUUGCCUUGAGAUUCAGCGUGGGGCCUCCAAAGCGCCUCCAUGCUACUCCUGUGCUGCAUAUCACUGUGAGCCAACCGGCGAGUGAGUCCAGCUUAGACUGUUUUGGAGAAGAAAAGCGAUUAAUAACCUAAUAGCGUAUUGACGCUGUGAAUGGGGCUUAAGUACGGAUUUGCGUGGAAGAAUUGAGCGCUUGCAUGCUUGCUUGCUUGUUUUUACUCGCCCUAAAGCGCCCCCUGUAUCACAGCAGGCGGGAAUUUGCAGCUGGCGUGUGCCUUGGUUGCUCCUCUUUCGGAGGUGUUGGUUGCCGGGCGUUGAGGUUCGAGUUACGAGGGUUUCCGAGGUUUGGCUACGGGGUUGUUGCUGUGGGUUGUAGGCCGCAUCAUGAGAAGAGGAGUAUCUGGGCUGGGCCGCUUUUGUGCUCUUCUGUUUCCAGUCACGCCGGCUGUACAGCGGAGGCGCCGGGCUCUGCCCUUGGCGGCUUCUGGCGGCGGCUUUGAAGCGGGCUAAGGAGGGGCAGAUAGGGCAGCUUCUGUGCUUAGGAUAAUUAAAUAUGGCAGUUUCUUGCGCCCUGGCGGCGUGUAUGCCUUCAUUGUUUGGCGUAGAAGAUCGUCCAUCCCUUGGACAGCCUGGUAUGCCGCCGAGUAACUCCUUUAGUGGCAGCUGGUUUUGAAGUUUAGAGCUUUGGGUAUCUGAGCAAGAAGAGUGAGUUGUUGAGAAAAUGUGAGCGAGGCUGUGAAGAAGUGUUUUGUAGCGGUGUUGAUGUGUUUGCAUGGUUCACAGCACAGGCGACAACCCCGGCAGCCACUGCGUGGUUGAGAUUAUUCCGGUUUCCUAAAUGCACGGCACCCGCCGCGAAAAGUGAGGUGGGGCAUAUCGUCAAAGCCGUAACGGCGCUGCAGGGCUACUUGAAGCAUAUGCAUAUCGGGGCGGCCGUCCCGGCGUUGCGCUUGGUGUUGGUUUACCGUUCCGUUGUUGGCGUUACCGGUAGUGCUGUUGCUGGUUGCUGUCAACCGCUGCUUCGUCUGUCGGCAGGCAUGCGACCCAAGAUGCGCGGUUGUGUGCGACGAGGAUGGCAGCUUGUGACGUUGUGAGGGAGCUGCAUGCGGCUUUGCGGUUGUCUGGAUUGGCAUGUGUCUGCAAGGGAGGGUCUUAGUGAGCCCUCUCCUUAAUGAACUGUCAUGCGCUUCCUAUGGCCCGAGCAGGGCGAAACAUGUUUUCCCACGCACUUGCAUCGCCUUACACUUUGAGCCUUGACUCCUUCCCGAUCUGUGAUGUGCCGUACCCGUACUCUUUGCACGGGUCUUGAAUUUUAUUGGCAUGUCUUGCGGGGCCUAUCAGGGCGGUCUCGUCAACCCUUUCUCGAUCAAUAAUGAGUAUGUGCUAUCUAUAUUCCUACCCUAAAGCGCGAUUCCUGCCGUUUGUGUUUGGAAAAUGAUGUCACCUGCUGCGUUUCUAACGUGGCACAAAUACGGAUGCUUGUCAGUCCCGCUGCUCACAAAGUGUACCAAUCACCAAUGCGAUGAAAUGCUAAUAGGCUGUGUGUGGCUGUUGCGGUUGUUGUGGUUCGUUGCCGUACCUGCUGCUAAGCAUAAAAAACAGAAAUAAUUGCGUGUGUUCAUCAAGUCAGUCGGGUUUGCAAUAGGCAUGCCCACCCGUUUUCCCCCUAUCCGGUAUGCCUGGUGUGUUUCAGGUCUUAGGUGUGCUCGCUCAUCCGUGCGUCGUUUGAUGCUUCCCUGCUGCUGGUGCCUUGUCGUUUGCAUGCGUGUUGGUUGCGUACGGUCGCCGGGCAAAGCCCACCUGCCGGAUUGCUGCUGCCCGGGUUUGCAGUGGUCGUUUGAUCGGAUUGGAGAUUGGAAGCCGGCCGCCUGCAGGCACGCUGAAUGGGUCGUAUAGCGAGGCGUCGCACUGUGCAAUGUGGCAAACUGUCCAAAUCGUACGGCACUGUCCAAAUCGUACCGUACAAGUCGGCAGUGUAUGUUUGAGUGGACACCCGGAUGUGGCGGCAAACAUGGUGGUAGUAGGAGCGAGUUGGAAAUUUUGUGUGAGCGAUGUGCUUCGUUGUGCUGAGGAUGUGUUCUAGGUUAAUCCAGGUAGGACUUGUGUUCCGUGUUUUCAGUUCGCAGGUUACGGUUUGCAAAGAGAACGUGCUUUACAGGCAAGUAGGGUUUCCUUGUCCUAGCGCCAAGCAAAGCAUUCGAGAGCAGUGGCGAGUGUCUCCAAGAGCCAUUCUUUAUGUGGCUGUGCUGUGCUGUAUUGGUGCAGGCCGUUGCAGAGAGAGACAAUCAUUUCGGGUCGCCGGCGAAGCAGAUGCAUGGAGAGCAUAACGAGCAGGCCGCGUAAUGCGAGGCCCUCAAAAAAAGAGAUGGAUUCGCUUUCUGGAGAUACUGAUACAGUUGUAUACAUCCUCUGUGUUGUCUCUCGGCUCGUUAACUGUUUGAGAGCGGCGGUAUGGUGCGUUGAGCGCCGUACCCAAGGAUUGAAGCGGAGGGUUGUAUGUUGCAUAUACAUUUCGGUGCGUGUGUUGGAUUGUGUCUGCUCAACAGCAGCUUUGCCUGCCUUGUGGAUUGCUGGUCCCAUGGUCCCUGCUCGAUAAGCUACCUGUGGAGGGGUCGCAAAGACUGAUUGUUCUGUGCUGCAUCGAGGUCCAGGGGUGUUGGGAGGUCCGGCAGCAGGCGGACGGAAGCCUGACAGACGAGUCGUUGUGUGGAGAGAGCGAGUGCGCACGGGAAGACUUUGAGACGAGACGAGAGACAACAUAAACAACCAUGCUAAGUAGUAGCUUCUUGCUUGCUUAGUAAUAGCUCACACGUGCUUGAGAAGACCUAAAGGCGUGGUUAUGUGUACGGAAAUUCUGGCGGAAGCAGGUGGAACGUUUCAUGGUUGCGUAGACUUCCCUAAUACCGGAAGCGUUUUGUGGCAUGCAACUGCUUCGGCCGUUGCAGAGCUUUCGCGGCUACGGUGCAGCUUACCGGUAAGCCACAGUUCGGCUGUGUUUUUUGCGAAUAUGCACGCGCUAAUUUUGUCUUUGUGCGUGCGGCAUUCGGGUGCGGAGAAGGAGGAGUUUCCUGAUUUGAUACGGACCUUUGUAGCGUAGCAGUCCCAGGCUCAUGCCCGUGGUAUAAACAAAGUUUGCCAUUGAAUGCUAGCGCGGUGGGAAGUUACAUCCCUAUCUGUGUGGUGUUUAGUUUACAAAGUACUGCAUGUGCUGGUUCCUGGUUGUAUCGUACAGAGUUGUUUUUUGUUGUAUUAUGACGCCUGCGUCUCCUG